AUGGACAAUGAGUUGUCCAGUGACUCCUCCAGUGCGAGCGCAGAAAUGAAGCCAGGUGACCACUCCCAAACAUUCUGUCCUCCGUCGCUCAACUCGUCCACGCUGUUCGAGAAUACCAGUGGCAGUGGCAGCUUUCAUACAACUCAACUAAGUGGUCCUGCAAUCCAAAGGGACUACGACCCAAUUUUCUUCAACAGUUUCGACUGGCAUUUGAGCGAGCAGGACAGUCGUGGGGGGUCGCCACCUUCCAUGUCGAUGCCCACUGAUAUCCAUAUUUCACAAGACAUGAACAAUUCCCCCUCAACGGUCGGUUUUGGGAAUGUGUCAUCCCAGCCAAAGGGCAACUUGGUUCACAACAAAAAGGCCAGCCACGGUGUACCUCUUAUGCGUUCUUCGGGUGUGGUCGACGGUUCUUGGGUUCCCAAUUCCAUUAUUCACACCUCGACAGUCCCAGCGCCCACUCCCAACGGCAAACCCUGGCCAACUCACACAGUGGAGUCAACCGCCUCCUUCAUGACGCCAUCUUCGGCCUCAAUCCCUCAAGAUCCGAAACCAGUAGUAGUCCCCCAAGAUAGAUCCAAAUGCUCUUGCCUUACCACUGCUGUGUUCCUCCUCGAUGAACUCGAGGACUCCAGUGACCCUGGUAUGCACGAGGAGAGGAAGCAGCUCGACUCCCAUCUGAGCUCCUUCCGCGAGAUUUUGUCACAAUGCGAGAGCAUGUUGCAAUGUCUCCAGUGCCGUCACCGACCCGAGAACAUGACCGUCCUAAAUCUUGUUUUAGAGCGCCAGACGAGCCUCUCCGACGGCAUUGUUAACGCCUAUCUUACCUUGACCUCAUCGGCAGCGGCAGCAGCAGCGAGUGACAGCACCGCCCUCACAAGGGAAAAGCAUGUCGUCACACAAUCUACCUUGGCACCGGCGGAAAAAGCAAGAAUCACAUCAAAAGCAACAGAACCCCCUACCCCCGUCACCACUGUGGCAUCACCAACGCCAGAGCGCCCGGAAAUGUUACUGGGAGAUUACAGCAUCGCCGAAUCGGAGUGGACGACUAUGGUGCGCGUAUUAAUCCUGACCCAGCUGCUGGCCUUCGAUCGUCUCGUCGCGCAGAUGAUGCGAAUCCCUUCCUUAGCACAGCGAGAUUCCCAAAUGAAACGGCUGCGUGCUUCAGAGUUGCGGAAUCAGCGGCUCAAGCGACAGCUCUGGCCCGACUUAUCAGAGUCGAGUCCUCUAUCAGAUUUGGAGUUCCAUUUCAUAUCAUCAUCCCGACUAGAUUAG